AUGGAUCCAACCGAUCAAAAUAAUCAAGAACACCCAUGUUCUCCUGCUCUUCGCAAGAGACUACUUGAACAGGAAGAUGAUACUGAUGCAUAUUACCUCGGUCUUUUGCCUCCAGAAGCUUAUGAUACUUCCAAACGCAUCAAAACGCACGAUUUUUUAGCCGCUUUCGACGAACCAAAACGCGAAACCAUCGUUAUCUCUGACAGUGAUGAGGAAGUUCAACAUGACAGUGAAAGUGAAACUGAAACUGAAAGUGAUGAUGAUAGACGCAUUGUCGCGCGGACAUUGACAUUGUUUCCUACAAAUCAGCAAGAGGAGCAUAACAAGAAUAUCGCAAGAAGAUAUGCAGCACGCGUUCAUAAUGCAAGAAGAUAUGCAGCACGCAUUCAUGAUGCUGUGAGCAAUGCCGCGGAUAAACUCGAUGAUGAUGAUGUGGAAGGUGAAGUUGAUGAAGUUGAUGAUGAUUCUCCAACUCCAUUCUCUGAAGCAAUCAAGGCUAUUCAAGAUCGCGCCGAGAGAAACCAUAAAAGAGGGAUUGUUGAAGAACCUCCUGUAUGGAUUCCAAAAAGAAACGGAAAAGAUUCGGUUAGGAGAAGGUUGUAUGUUCCAUCAUUGCAAGAACUGACUGUUUACAUUCUUGCUAAGCAUUCUGACGCAAUCGUUUCGCUCGAUUGUGUCUGCGACGAGCUCAGACACAGGCUUAGUAAUCUGCUGUGUGAUUCAAGAAAAAUGAACAGUCACUUUCUUGAACUACUUCUUGCUGAUGUUCCUACUCAAAUUCGGCUUAAAGACUGUUCGUGGUUGACAGAAGAAGAGUUUACUAAAUAUUUCGGAACUUUGGUCACUUCUGAAAUCGGGGUGCUGCAACUUGACAAGUGUGGAAGAUUUAUGAGUGAAUAUACAUUACCUGCUACAUUGGCAAAGUCACCAAACUCCUUGUCUAACUUAACCAUUCUAUCGCUUACUGGUGCAUGUCGUCUUACGAAUGAAGGAUUGCGGUUACUAGUUUCGUCUGCAACCGAACUUAGAUCCAUAAACCUAAGCCAGUGUUCACUUCUCACUUAUUCUAGUCUUGAAAUUUUGGCUGAUUCAUUAGGAUCAAUUUUGAAAGAGUUGCGAAUUGAUGAUUGCAUACUCAUUGAUGUUGCGCGGAUUUUGCCUGCCUUGAAGCAAUUCAAACAAUUAGAAGUUUUGUCACUAGCCGGUGUUCCAUCUGUUUCGUAUAAGUUUAUUAAGAGUUACUUCAUCGCGUGCGGUCACAACAUUAAGGAUCUUGUUUUAAAGGACUGUGUAAAUUUGACAGAUGCGUCCAUUAGAGUCAUUGCUAAAAAUUGUCCUGGUUUGCGCGUGCUUGAUAUUAUGAACUUGGGAAAAUUGACGGAUUUAUCCAUUGAAUAUCUUGCGAAUAAUUGUCGAGGAUUGCGUACAUUGAAGCUCUGCCGCAAUCCAUUCAGCGAUGAAGCAAUUUCGGUAUUUUUGGAGUUAGCUGGCAAAACCUUGGAAGAACUUUCACUUAAUAGCAUUAACAAGGUUGGCCUAUUGACAGCCUCAUCACUAGUAAAGAAUGGCCAAAAUUUGCAUACCUUGGAUCUAUCAUGGUGUCGAAAUCUGUCUGACAAUGAGCUUGGUUUAAUUGUCGAUAGCUGCUUGUCGCUGAGGUCACUUAAAGUUUUCGGAUGCUCGCAGUUAACAGAUAUGUUUUUCAGACACUCGAACACAGGGACUCGGAUCAUUGGGUUGAAGUUGAGUCCUUUAUUUCAGCAAUUUGAGUCUUGCCGUAAACUUUGA